GCACAUGGGAGGAGGAAGAAAGAGGGAUGGUGAGCAGGUGAGGGCAUCAAUUGCAGGCAAAGAAAAGAGUCAAAAGCAUCACUGAAGGAAAGAGUUGAAGCAGCAGGAAGUGCAGCAGGCGCACAAUAGAGAGAGAGAGAGAGAGAGAGAGUAUACUGACACAAUACCAUACCAACAGGACAAGUGAAGUGCUGUGGACCAAACAUUUUCCACUUUACUCCACCUCGUCACAGUAGCCUUUCUCUGCAUCAUCGCUUGCUCUCUGCCUUAAGCAUCUGAUUUAGGCUUUAGUUUGGAGAGAUUGCUCGGGUUAGCGAUCUUGUCCAUAGUCUGAUACUCAGUAAUGCUCCCCUUUGGGGUUGUUUAAAUAGAUGAUUAUUAGAACAAAGCGAGUUUGAGUUUGUGGAUGAGCGAUUCCAGGCAACGUCGCGUCAACAUUCUUUCUCGCACUAGAUUACAAAUACAAAGAGCAAUAAUUAGGGAUGGGACCAGUUUGCAGGGCGUGGGAAAGGAUGAACAUGACCCUGUCGGUGGUUUUGCAGAGGAACCCUUAAUCUCAUCUCCUUCCCAUCACAAGCAACCAAGGUGUUCCAUGUUGGAGCUAGAUGGGCGAUUUGAGUUGAGUAGAAGGAUCUAUGGGUUGAGAAGGAUGCAUGAACGUGAUGAUUUAGAAGUGAAGAUUAAAGAAAAAGGGCUAAAAGAGGUUCACUGUAGAAAUUAAUGGAAUUGAGAGGCCAACAAGAGAAGGAAAUAGGGAUGCCAAGCUCUUUGGGUUAUAAUCCUCCCAAUAUUCGUGAAUCAUCUUCGAAGGUUUCGUCUAUCUCAAUAAUCCCACCAGGAGAAUCUGCAGGAGUAGGUGAUGAAAGAAGAAGAGAUGGGACUGGUAAUGGAAUUGCAGUCCUCAAGCCAUCAACUCAAACCCUAGAUCAUCAUCAUCAUCAUCAUCACCACCUUCGUCCACAGCAGCAACAUCCCCUGCAUCACUUUCAUCAUGAUCAAGAGCCAGAGCCAGAUCCGUUGCCGGUGGCAAUUGCAGUUGCAGGUGGAUCGAACUCCGCAAGGACACCGACAACCCCCAAGAGCUCCGUCACGGUUAGGUAUCGCGAUUGUCUCAAGAACCACGCAGCGAGUAUUGGUACACAUGUUGUUGAUGGCUGUGGCGAAUUCAUGCCAAGCGGUGAGGAAGGGACCAUGGAGGCCCUAAAAUGCGCCGCCUGCGACUGCCACCGGAAUUUCCACCGGAAAGAGGUGGAAGGAGAGCCCAGAACAAGCGGCGCCACUAAUUGUUAUUACUGCUACGAUCCCAACCAUAAGAACAGCUGUAGCACCAGAAUCCCUCCUCCUCCUCCUCCUUCAGGUCCUCCUCAUGCUCAUCCAACUCAUCAUCAUCCUCAACUGGCUCUUCAGCAUCUGCAGCAGCACCAGAAAUUCCAACUGGGCUUACCCAACAGUCCCUCCAUGGCUUCGAUCCCUCCACCCAUGAUGAUGGCCUAUGGAGGCGGUGGUGGUGGCGGAGGAGGGGCGACGGAGUCGUCUAGUGAAGAUCUCAAUGGGUACCAGUCUAAUGCCGGGGGGACUAGUUCGCAGCCACACCAAGCUUUCGCCCUCUCGAAGAAGCGAUUCCGAACGAAGUUCACGCAGUAUCAGAAGGACAAGAUGUUAGAAUUUGCUGAGAGGUUGGGAUGGAGGAUGCAGAAGCAGGAUGAGGUGGAGGUCCAGAGGUUUUGUGAUGAGGUUAGUGUAAAGAGACAGGUUCUCAAAGUUUGGAUGCACAAUAAUAAGCAUGCCAUGAAGAAGAAGCAAUUGUAAGAUGAGAAAGAGAGUGGAAGAUCACAUGAGAGAGAGAGAGAGAGAGAGACAGAGAGAGAUCGAUGACUUGUGUGUUAAACCACUUUGACAUCAACUUCUAUGAUUGUCUAUUGAACCAUAUUAGGUUCUUUCCUUUUUCUUUCUUCCACUAACCUCAUUCCUCAUUCAGAAAGAAGAAAAGAUUUUCAAAGAGGUUAUACUUCAUGGGCUAUGGCUAACUACUUUGGUGGUGGUGGUGUUUCUAGGGUGCAAUAAAUAGAAGGUUGCAAGGUA